AAAUGGGCUAGUGUGCUCAAUCCAGACGACUCAUGGGGACCGGCCUUAGCGGUUCACAGAGCUGAACAGUUCCCACUUCAAAUUCCGGAAGCUCGCCGUCUUCUUAUCUCUCCUGAAGUCGAAGUUAUUGGAAGUCGAACUGGGUUGAACGAAGAGAAAGAUGGUGUUCCAACGGACGUACAGCGUGACGAAGGCCGUACAAUUUUACCUCCUGAAGCUCCUUAA